CCCCGUGGCUUUAUGAAAGCAGCACAUAUCUAACCGUGGCCGUGGGCAGUGCAUCUGGCAGCUGUUUCAAAACGCGUGUGUUGGUAUAUAACCGAGGGGAAGAAGGUCCCGGGCUCGAACAGGGUGUCAUCUCUUCACUACCGUCCGUCGUUGCGUGUGAGCCGUCCGCCUCCGUCCCGCACCGACGACACGACUUGGGCGAGCGGCGCUAGCUGAGAGGGAAGCGGGCUCCGUCCUCUCCUCCAUCGGGCAGAUGCUCCCAGCCGCCCAGCUUGACAGGAGUGAUGGGGUGUGUCAACUAGCAGACGAGGCACUCCUGGAUAAUGUCAUUGAACUGACAGAUUCAUCCACGCCGUUCAUACCGGAGAGAGAUACAGGAAGGGUCGAAGAAGAAGACGACAUUAAAGACUCAAGGAUGGGCGUGGGGAAGAACACUACCUCCAAAUCGAUGGACAGCAGCAGUGAGGGCGGAAAAUAUGACGAAGAGGGCAAGCAUGGCGCAGAUUUCUACCCUAUUCCGGUGGUGGUAAAUGGAGUGGGCGGUGCCGCCGGAGACCAGGAUACUGAGAACACGGAGCUGAUGGCCAUCUACACUAAGGAUAAUCAAGUGGCAGAAAAGAGUUCAAUGUCUGAAACGCUUGACAGCACAGACAGUAUAGAUGCCAGGCGGAUGGACAUGAUCUAUACCAUCGAGGACACUCCACCCUGGUACCUGUGUGUGUUCUUAGGCUUACAGCACUACUUGACCUGCUUCAGUGGGACUAUUGCAGUGCCGUUUCUCCUUGCAGAGGCGAUGUGCGUCGGCUUUGAUCAGUGGGCCACCAGUCAGCUCAUAGGGACUAUUUUCUUCUGCGUGGGGAUCACCACGCUGCUGCAGACCACGCUGGGCUGCAGGCUGCCUUUGUUCCAGGCCAGCGCAUUUGCUUUCCUUGCACCAGCCAGAGCCAUCCUGUCCCUGGACAAGUGGAAGUGUAACAGCACAGAGAUUCCAGCGCUGAACGGAACAGAGCUCCUCCAUACAGAGCACAUCUGGCACCCCAGGAUACGGGAGAUCCAAGGGGCUAUCAUCGUGUCGUCCUGCAUUGAGGUUUGCAUCGGAGCGCUGGGUCUUCCCGGGAUGCUGCUCAAGUACAUCGGGCCUCUGACCAUCACCCCCACGGUAGCUCUGAUUGGGCUGUCAGGCUUCCAGGCUGCAGGGGAGAGGGCUGGCAAACACUGGGGCAUCGCUAUGCUGACCAUCUUCCUGGUGCUGCUCUUCUCUCAGUAUGCCAGGAACGUUCACUUCCCCCUGCCCAUCUACAAAGCCAAGAAGGGCUGGACUUCUUACCGGCUGCAGGUCUUCAAAAUGUUUCCUAUCAUCAUGGCCAUAUGUGUUUCAUGGCUGCUGUGUUUCAUUUUUACUGUGACUGACGUCUUCCCGCCAGAGGUGGACAAGUACGGUUACUAUGCCCGCACAGACGCACGUCAGGGAAUCCUCACCGCUGCGCCGUGGUUCAAAAUCCCCUAUCCCUUCCAGUGGGGAACUCCCACUGUAACCGCUGCAGGGGUGAUUGGCAUGAUGAGCGCCGUGGUGGCCAGCAUCAUCGAGUCCAUCGGAGACUACUACGCCUGUGCCCGCCUUUCUUGUGCUCCUCCACCUCCCAUCCACGCCAUCAACCGAGGGAUAUUUGUGGAGGGUAUUUCCUGCGUGCUGGAUGGUCUUUUCGGGACAGGAAAUGGCUCCACCUCCUCCAGUCCCAACAUAGGUGUACUGGGAAUUACAAAGGUGGGCAGCAGACGUGUGAUCCAGUACGGUGCGGCCAUGAUGCUGCUGCUGGGGCUUGUGGGUAAAUUCAGCGCCCUGUUUGCCUCCCUGCCUGAUCCCGUCCUGGGGGCGCUGUUCUGCACCUUGUUUGGGAUGAUCACAGCCGUGGGGCUGUCCAACCUGCAGUUCGUCGACCUCAACUCCUCAAGGAACCUCUUCGUCCUGGGCUUCUCCAUCUUCUUCGGCCUGAUGCUGCCGAGCUACCUCAAACAGAACCCACUGGUCACUGGCAUCGUAGAAAUCGACCAAGUGUUGAACGUGCUGCUCACCACUGCUAUGUUUGUUGGGGGUUGUGUCGCUUUUGUUUUGGACAACACCAUCCCUGGUACCCUGGAAGAACGAGGAAUCAGGAAGCUGAAACGCGGUACUGGUCUCAGCGCGGCGGAGCUGGAAGGGAUGAGCUCCUACGAUCUGCCGUUCGGGAUGGACUUUAUCCGCAGACACUCCAUCUUCAAAUACAUCCCCAUCAGCCCUGCGUUCACGGGCUACCACUGGGGGAGGCUACGGGAAGCAACCGCGUGCAGAAAGGGACACGGGGACGGGGUGAAGGGGGGAGGCGCGGGCGGGGAGGGGGCCGCCGCGCCGGGGGAGAGUCGGGUAUAGCCACCGGGCCGGGGAGAUCUUUUAAAUGUCUCUGAAUUUGGGGAGCAAGGUAUGGUACACUAAUAUAAAACGAUGGGAGAGUGGAGCACAGAAGCGACGCAGGUUUGUGUGGAAGAAAACGUGUUGCACCUACACCCCCCCUCCCUCCCUCCCCCGUCAGUGUGCGUAUUCCUAAGCUCGAGUCUGUCUUUUCCCCACUAUGCUAUUAUUAAGCAUGCUACAGCAAGUCGAAUCAUGCUCUAAAAGAUGUCGCCGUGUGGAGGCUAGUCGGUGUGCGUGCAUGUGUGUGUACGGAGUGCAGCAAGAGAUAACGAGUUAGUGCGCCGUCUCGCCUCCAGAAGGAGGCGGAUGGACGUCCGAGGAUCAAAGCCAAGCGUUUGAUUCACUGAUUCGAAAUUGCUGCUCACUUGUGUCCCCAGCUCAUCUAUGAAAACAUUCAACCAGAAGCACAGCAGGGGGGACAACGUCAAUUAUUGAGGAUCCUGGGAUGAAUCGUUUACCUCUAGACUUGUUAUGCAACCACAUCAGAGAUGCACGUGCACACACCAACGGCCUCAGUAGAAUUAGUUUGAGUGCUACAAUGCAGACUUACGGAAGUAGUUUGUCAGGUGUCCUUCGCCAUGCAAAGUGAUUGUGAGAUUUAUUUUUGCACUAUCUGCCUCCUGAGUUCAAAACUAGAAUGUCACUGCAACCGUCGUCCCCGCUUGUUCUUUUCUUCCCUUUCUUUACUCUUAAAACUUCUCAGAGACCCAAUCAACCGCAUUUCACACCCAUUCAUCCCACACUAAACGACCUCACAUCCUUUUCUUUUUAUAUAUAUAUAUAUAUUAUAUACCGUAUUUUCUGGACUAUAAGCCGCUACUUUUUUCAUAGGUUUUCAACUAUGCGGCUUAUACAAAGGUGCGGCUAUUCUGUGGAAGAAUACACUACUUCUUCUUUAGCAGGUAGAAGCAGAUUUAAAACAGAUAAAUAGAUAAAUAAAUACCGGUUAUUUUUCUUGGUUCUGUCCCGUUUUAAUCAGCAAUGUUGCUGCCGUGUUCAAAGACUAGUGUCCGACCGAUCAGCCUUUUUUUCGAUUAUUUCGAUCACCGAUUAGGGGGAAAUCAAAAAGACCGAUAGCCGAUAUCAGCCGAUACGAUUAUUACCCUUUUUUACCUUUUUGGGAGAAAACAAAUUUCAAUACAAGAAUUCAUUUAAAUGAAUGGUGAGCAAUUGAUUGCUUUAACUAGGAAGGACAGCAAUAUUCACUUCGCACGGCUCACACAUCAAAAGUGCAAAUUAUGGAACAUCAAACAAAACAAGCAGCAUUUCAGUUAUUAAAAAUAAGUGAAUUUUCUCUUUACAUAAAAUAAAAAAGCUGCCUAUAAAAAAUAACAAAUUAAGAGGAAUAACAGCCUCAAUUUUAGAACAGUCAGGCACAAUACUCCCAAUUCCCAGACCCAAACCACAGCAAGUGCCUACUUGGAGGUAGUAACAGUAAGCUAACUAGUACACAUGACAAACAAUCAAACCGUACAGGUUGUGAAAAUGGCUACACAGGUUGUUUUUUUAAGUGCAAAUAUUUACUUAAGUUUACUUAAUGUUGAACAUUCUUAAUACAAAAAGAAAAUGCAGUAUUUCAGUAAAUUUCUUAAUUUUUCUUUAAAAAAAAAAAAAAAUCGAAAUUAUUUAUUUUCGAUUUUUUUGGGGGGGCCGAUACCGAUUAUUAAUAAAAUUAUGAAUAUCGAAUUCGAUAAUCGGCCACGGCCGAUUAUCGGUCGCCCACUAUCAAAGACACUGUUAGGAAAGGAUCUAUUUAGGUACAAACAUGUACAUCAUUUACAGUUCAAAAUGGUUCUGUACAUGUAGUAAAUAUCGAAUCUAACAACAUAAAUAUCUGCGGCUAAAUAUCUUUUUUUUUUUAAAUAGAGCGGAUGCGGCUUGUAUACAGGUGCGGCUUAUAGUCCAGAAAAUACGGUGUGUGUGUGUGUGUGUGUGUGUGUAUAUAUAUAUAUAUAUAUAUAUAUAUAUAUAUAUAUAUAUAUAUAUACAUAUAUACAUACACAUAUACACUCAGCUACUGAGAGUGCUACUAUUUGCAAGGCGUCCCACGUGUCUGGACAAGAGGAUCACUAGCGUACUAGUUGUCUCCUUACUGUGUCAGUAUUAUGCAGUGGCUACUAACGUUAACUCAACCUUAUGUGAAGAAGUGCUUGCCUCACAGCUGUUUAGUGGGAUCUAAGUUGCUUUGCAUGAUUCCCAGCGUGCUUGAAUUACUUUUAGUUGAUGUCCUUCGUUUGCUUUACAUGUCGGCUCUCGCAUGAUGGAACAAGCUUUUAAACUGUCUCAGUGACAGAAAUGCAUUUACAAAAUGCUGCAGUGACGCACAGAGCAAAGAAAACCCGUGGCCUUGAGACGGAGAAUUUGUUUGCAGAUAGCUUGAAUUUGAUAAAUGGACGGAGACAUGAAAGAAAAAACAUCCUGGAUCCGUCGGCUUUUUGCCAUCAGUGUGUUUGGAACAACUGAUCUAAGAAAUCAGGAUGCUGGUUUCAUUGAAGUUAGAGAUUCAAACUGUUUGUUUGAUUUUGGUCAUUUUUAAUGGUGUCGGUGACGUUCUCUCACAUUCCCAUCAGGUUGUCUGUAAAGCUCCUGCUCUCAUCCCGCUACAGAUGUGUGUAACUGCUAAUGACUGUUUCUCAGACGGAGGCAGCAUCUGUCAAACUGGCACCUCGUGAGCUGUGGCGUGAGAGCGAGUCUUUCAUCUUCCCGUGCUAUGUGCCUUCGCUGUUUUAACUGAAAUGUGGCGUUUUUAGGAAAAAAAAGAAAAUGGACCUGGAAAUAAUUUGUAACAAUGAAAAGAAACUCAACUAAAAAUAUUUUAUCCUACUGAGACUCGAACCAAAACCAAAAUGCUUAAAGGUUUUUUUUAUCUGUUUCUUCUGCUGUUCUGUUACCAAAACGUUAAGUAUUAGCAUUUUGUCGCUACUGAGAAACUUCCCUACUUUUAUCAUGUCAGAGCUAUUUAUUUAUUUAUGAGAAGAGCGUUCUUGAGCGAUUUAUAGCGGCGGAUUUUUGUCCCCGUGUGGUGCAGCGCAUCAGCCGGGUGGAGCCUGGUGUCCUGAUGAUUGACAGCUACUCCUUCAUCUCUCUCAGCUCACUUAUUGCAAGUUUUACUGUAGGUCGCUUUUACUUCAUUCCAUUUGUAGCAUGUUGUAUUCAAAACCAGUAGAGAAGAGAAAAAAAUCCUUUCAGAUGUAGAACUUGAUUGUUAAUUGAAAUUUCACAGUCAGGGCCUUUUUUUUUUUUCUUUUUUUUUUUUUGUACAAUAAAAAGGAAAUAAGACUCCAGCCACCGUUUGCAUGUGACAUAUCAGGGUCCAAGUGAGUAUCCUUAACAAUCCUGGAGUGCCGGCAUGUCACUAAGGAGGUUAUAGGUGUCAAAAAGCUGUGUUUUUCAGUUUAUUUUCUUUGUUCAACGAACGGAAAAGAAGCCUUAACUGCACCGUGAGCUGUAUUUAGUAUCCGAUGUCACAUGUAUAAGAACUCAUCACCGGUCUGUCUGGUCACAUCUGAAACAUUUUCUUACCUCUUAUCCAGUGUUGAUUCACCUUUUGGAAAUAAUGAUUGGUCAAAGACGGCCUUGUUAAAAUCCAAAACAUCUCCACAGACGGGUUCUCUUGUCUAUUAGCAAUGUACUAAACUGCAGAUGACCAAACUCAGUUCACCCAACGACACAAUCAUUUUGGUGGGAAUAAACUCACAACAAUUUAAUUUUGCAUUAACUCACAAUGUUUUACAUUUUUUCUGUUAAUUUUAUGUAAAUUGAUCUUUUUAUAUAUUUUAUUCACUUUAGGAAGGUCCAAUAUUAACAUUAAAUACUGAAAUUAAUUAUUUGAAAAAGAAAAAGUAAUUUGUCUUUGAACCUCAUUCAUAGAGGGCAGGCAUAGCUUAGAUAACAAAAGUACAAUUACUUUUUAUUUAAUAUACAUUAACAAUGGCAUAAUAUGCCAAACUGUAUCAUCUCCAAUCACCACGAAUUGUCGGUCAAAUACCAGAAGUUAUGCAACUGAUACACUACCAAACUUUUCAGCCACAGCUACAGCUACAGCUCCCUAAAAUGUGUGAUCCUUUUUGUAUCAUAAAUGAUGCUGCAUGGACGUGACGAAGAUAAUUAAGUAAAUGCAUUGGUUAUUGGGCAUUAAAUUCCAAAAGAGGUGAAGGAAUCUGACGAAUGUUGGAUUUGAGCACAUGGUCUCGUCAAAUCUUUGAUAAAUUGAAGUUGUCUUCCUGGAUAGAUGGUAAGAAAAUACCUGUGAGAAAAAUGCCGUAUUGAGAGUGACAGUGAGGGAAAAAAAAGGCUGAUAAUGUAAGCAAUGACACACUAGGUGAUGUUUUGGCAUCAGUGUCGGCGCUCCCACACCUUGUGGUAAAGAGGCAACAGUCAGAGCUGUCUUUUUUUUUUUACUAUUUAUAGUGACUUUCUUAGUGCAUGGCAUGCACACAUUAUAAUAGCCAUCACAACAUGUGACCUUGUUGGGUUUUUUGUUUUUUUUUCCCAUACCAUGUUCAUCGCAGAUGAUCCUUCUCCCAUCACACGGUCCCUCCACUCCCUGGAGCACACAGUCUCUGAUUCACCCCCCCCCUCCCGUUCCUCCAGUCCUGCAGUGAAAAUAUAUUGAUGUCUCGUCAUGUUUGGUGUACCUGGUUUUCUCCCGGGAAUUCUUACUGUUUGUGUUUGGAUGCAGGAGGAGACACCUGCUCGCCACCUUGUUAAGAGCCGCUCGUUCACCGGCAGCUCAGUGAACAUGUCGCAUCACUUAACAUCGAGAUGAACAUGAGUUGCCCAAAAGCAGCUUUGUGCAGAGAGUUAACUCUUAACUCUCUGGUGUUUAUCGUUCUCUCUUUAGGAGUCUGUACACAAAUAUGAGCUUUUUUCAUGUAAUUAUUACACAUUUAGUCCGAUUACUGUAAAGAACAUAAAGGUUUUCUGGCUUGAGUAUGUUCAAGGCAGUUUAACCGACAGACGGCUCUUAAGAAGGUGGCCACGACGUAGGUAAAACAAAGACAUUGAUCCCUUUCAGUUAUUUUGAAGGGGGCACUACCUGAAGGUUAUACUUCUGUGUAAAGUGUUUUAUCUUAAUGUUUUUUGUUUUGUUUUUUUAUAUACAUCAUUUUAAUUUUUGCAAGCAGAUAUUUGUAUGAAACGAAUCAUAACUUUUGAUCUUAAAUUAUGCUGGAACGCGCACCAUCCUGUACUUUUUAUUUAAAAAGUAAAUACAUUUUGACCAUAUGUUGAAUUUGUGAUUUGGUGGAAUCUUUUUGUUUGUUAGGACCUUUUCAUAUUGUAUUCUUCUUUCUUUUUUUUUUACUCUUAACAUUGCUUUCUGUCCAUGUAUAUUACCAGUAUAAAUCAAAGAACAAGCUAAGAAACUUUAAAUAGAUGUAAAACAAAAACAACAAAAAAAAAGUAUAUUUAAUGUUUGCUUAACAUUCUGGAAGAAAAAUUGUGUAAACUAAUUGUAG